ACACGCAGUGUUGUCCAAAGAGGCACUGGGCAGCUGAAACACCGAUUUCAUGUCUUGCACAGUGAGGUCCGGGUCAGCCCACCAUUGAAGGUGUGCAAGAUGGUGCAUGUUUGUGCUAUGUUGCACAAUAUAUGUAAAGACAGGAAUAUUCCUAUUCCUAUUGAUGCAGGCCACCCUGACUUUGAAGAGCAGCAGCACGACAUCGUACAAGAAGUGCCACCACUUCCAGCUGCUCGACAAAAUCCGGGUCGCCUGUAUCGAGAUGAAUUCUGCAACUUGCAUUUCAACAAUCCUGCCAGAAACAUGGCCCACCUGCCCCACCACUGAUCUGGUGACACAUGCAGAGAUCAAUUUUGCAACUUGCAUUUCAACAUUCCUGCUUGAAGUGUGGAUCUCCUGCCCUUCAGCACACAUGGCCAGUCACAUGCCAAGGGUAGACGAGAACGAAGCAAGAUCAGUAGCUCAGGAUGGCAGUGAGAGCAGUAGUACUUCAGACACCACGCCUGCUACAUCUUUCAGUCUCCACGCCACCACCGACCCCUCGAGUCUACGCAGCCCAGUGGCCGUGUGUGUCUUGGCGUUGGGCGUGACGUGCAGCAACGGUGGUAAUAGCAACGGGAAGCUUGAUGCACAGCACAGCACAGCACAGCACAGCGGAGAGAUUGGUGGUGAGUUGACGAUCCAAAGGCCUGACUCCACAGCGGUAAUGAGCCUUGUGUACCUUGCACUGUCUUCACUGACAACGCCCACUACUAACCCCUCUGCCUCCGCCACCGUUUCAAGAUCAGGGAAGGACUCUGCCUUGCAUCGCGCACUGUGAUGGUCGCCGCCCCCGCCCCCGCACCCGCCGCCGCCGCUGCUGCUGCUGCUGCUGCUGCUGCUGCCGCUAAGGGAGAAUAGUUUGUUGAGUGGAUGACGGCGCGUUCACUGACCCUCUCCCCAUCACCCUACCAACUCCGGCCACCCACCCCCCUGCCACCAGACACCUGCUACACCACCACUACCGCCGGCUCCGUCCAGUGAAAGAUUCAUCGCAGACCUGCCAAUGCCAUUCAACGCCUGCCGCCGCCGCCGCCACCACCACCACCUCCUUAUGGUGGUGUCACUGUACCUGGAGCUGUUGUCAUGAUUGAAUAAUAAAUUGUGAAGAAAU